AUGUGCUGCCACCAUUGAUGCAUUUUACAGCGGCGUUUCAAUGUGACUUGUAUUCAUUCUAAAUAUCAUCGCAUCCCUGAGUGUUCACGUUACCUUUCGGCCGCCCAUAGUGUCAGGCUGAACUGUCCGACUGGUUGUCCGACUUUGACUGCAGAACUGUCCAGCCUCCAGCAUCAUGGCCUCUGCCACCUCCACCCCCGCUGCUGCCACCCCCGCUGCUGCCACUCCCGCUGCAGCUGCCUCCAGCGGCCGCUCCGCCGGCCGCCACAGCGCAGCCGGUGCUGGGCGCACGCAGCGCGGCCUGCCCGCCUCCAGCCCCAGCCCGACCCGCCUGCUGCGCGGCCAGGAGAAGGAGGAGCUGCGACACCUCAACGAUCGCCUCGCCAACUACAUCCACCGGGUCCAAGAGCUGGAGAGUGAGAGGUCUUCAAUACUGUUCCAGCUGGAGGAAAAGGAUGAGUCGAAAAGCCGAGAGAUGGGCAACGUGCGGCGGCUGUACGAGGAGGAGCUGGCCGAUGUCCGGAAGUCCCUGGACGGCCUGGCCGGAGAGAGGGCCCGUCUGCAGAUCGACUAUGGAAAUCUCUGCGUGGAUUACAGAAAGAUCCAAGCCAGGAACCAGAAGAAGGAGAGUGAUCUGGCGAAUGCGUUGGCCCAGUGGAGGAAAGUUGAAGCAACUUUAAGCUGCAAGGAUGCAGAGUACAAGAAUCUGCUGUCUGAGAACAGGAGACUCCACGACGACUUUGCUGAUCUGCAGGGCCAGCUGGAAAACGUAGAGGGGGUUCUGUCAGAGACAAAGAACCAGCUGAGCUCUGAGAUCCUGUGGAGAGUGGACCUAGAAAACCAGAUGCAGACACUCAAAGAACAGCUGGAGCUCCAGAGGAACAUCACCGAGCUGGAGAUCCUAGAGAUCCGAAGCUGCCAUGAGAGUCGUCUGGUGGAGGUGGACUCAGGCCGGCAGAGGGAGUUUGAGGGUAAACUGUCGGACACCAUGCAGCAGCUCCGCCAGGACCAUGAGACCCAGCUGCAGCAGUACAGAGAAGAGCUCCACCGGACCUUCACUUCCAAGCUGCAGAAUGCCCAGCAGGCUGCAUUGGAGAAGAACAACAUUGCGUCAGCCACUAAAGACGAGCUGGAAAGCAGCCGGCUCCGAGUGGAGAGCCUCAGUGCCCAGCUGCAGCAGGCCCAGAGAGACAAAAUGUUGCUGGAGGGCAGCUUUCAUGAUCUGGAGAGGACUCUGGACAAGGAGCGUGAGGUGUGGCAGCAGAGACUGGGUCAGAAGGAGCAGGAGCUGCUGAACAUCAGGAGCCAGAUGUUUACCCAGCUGGUAGACUACGAGAACCUGCUGGAUGUUAAGCUUGCGCUGGACAUGGAGAUCAAUGCCUACAGGAAGAUGCUGGAAGCUGAGGAGCAGAGACUGCAGCUAACCCCCAGCCCCUCCCAGCACUCAGCCGUCCCUCGGACACAUGAACACAGCAGCCGGCAGCUUAGAGGGAAGAAGCGGAAACACGAGGGAGCCUCGAGCAGCCAUGCAACACAGCACGGCUCUGUGAGCGUGGCCGGAGUCGACAUGGACGGGAAAUAUAUCAGACUGAAGAACAACUCUGAGACGGAGCAACCGCUGGGGGGUUGGGUGGUCCGGAGAUUAUACCCCCACUCUGGAGACCUCUCAUUCCACAUCCCCCCCUCCUGCAGCCUUUCUGCUGGCCAGAUGCUCACAAUCUGGGCAGCAGGGGCUGAGGCGGAAGCUGAUCCUGGGGACCUGGUUCUGCAGGGCCAGAAUAGCUGGGUCCCUGUCACUGAUGUCAGGGUGAUUCUCCUCAACCAGGACCAUGAGGAAAUGGCAGAGCGCAGGGUGUGUAUGCAGCACAGAGGGGAUGAGGAAGCUGAACUGUUUGAUGAAGAGUAUGUUGCAGGCAGUGACAUCCAGCACUUUCGGAGACAGGAUCUAUCCAAUGAGGCGAGCUGUGCCGUCAUGUGACGCUGCGGAGCCUUGGAGUGCAAACCUCUGCUGCGGAGAGCGGAGAGCCUCGAUGCCUCAGAGCUACACCAUCAACCUCAGUAUUCCUCAGUGCACAAGACAAGAGCUUUGCCUUGACUUGAUCUUAUUUAAAUGAAUGUGUGUGUGAAAUAAAACUCAGUCAUAAUAAAGUUAUAUA